AACUACAUGAAGAAAUUAAGAGAUGAUAAUCAAUUUAUGAAAAGUGAAAUCAUACAAAAGGCAGAUUGGUACUUUGAUAAAUUACCGAAAAUUAGAGUGACACCAGACUGUUCGGAUGAUAACAACCCACCAAAGGAAAUAGAGGACAUGGUAAAUCAAGAGCUUAUAGAACACGAGAUACAGAUUACCCAGAAAAGAAAAAGAAAACAAAGUGAACAAGACAAAACCAGACCUGAAUUGAAAAAGCAGAAGAAAGGCAAAAAAGGAAAUACGAAGAACAUGACUACUAGACGCACCAUAUAUAAUAGCUCAUAUGUAUAUGGCUAUAUAUGUCAAAAGAAACAGACAUUUUAUUUUAUCGCUAUUUUGUGCAUUUUUCCUUUGAUCUUUUUUGUGAUAAUUUUCAUAUCAUGUUUCUCGCUUGAGAUGGAAAAAGUAUUGCUAGAAACUAAGGAGGCCACGUGGCGUUGCUAAUGAAAUUGACAUUGAAAUUGACAACAUCGUCAUAGGUAAAAUAGCGAUAAACAGAUUAUCAUUGGUCAUCUCAACUCGAUUGCUUUCCUCACUUUCGCUGUUCCAGCUCAAGCGAGAAAAUCAAUCUCGUUGAGAUAAUCAACGAUAAUCUAUAACUAUCAUACAGGAACUAAUAGAACUCAUUUUCUUUUUUGAUUUGAUUUGUUUUAUACAUGAGUUAUCAUAUUUGU